UGACGUCAGCUCGCCCGCGCCGGCCGGCCUGUCGCCUUGGGCUUCCUGGGGAUCCCGGUGGCGGCUUGGUUGCUUUGCGCCGCGGUGUUGCGGCGUUAGGGUUCUUCCUCUCCGAACUCCCGGCGCCUGAUCUCGGGCUUCACGAUGUACCACAACAGUAGCCAGAAGCGGCACUGGACUUUCUCCAGUGAGGAGCAGCUGGCACGAAUGCGAGCCGACGCCAACCACAAAUUCAAAUGCAAAGCGGUAGCGAACGGGAAGGUUCUUUCAAAUGAUCCAGUAUUCCUUGAACCUCAUGAAGAAAUGACACUUUGCAAAUACUAUGAGAAAAGAUUAUUGGAAUUCUGUUCAGUGUUUAAGCCAGCAAUGCCAAGGUCUGUUGUGGGCACAGCCUGUAUGUAUUUCAAGCGUUUUUAUCUUAAUAACUCAGUAAUGGAAUAUCAUCCUCGGAUAAUAAUGCUCACGUGUGCAUUUUUGGCAUGCAAAGUAGAUGAAUUCAAUGUAUCUAGUCCACAAUUUGUUGGAAAUCUACGGGAGAGUCCUCAUGGACAGGAGAAGGCUCUGGAACAGAUUUUGGAAUAUGAACUACUUCUUAUACAGCAACUUAAUUUUCAUCUUAUUGUACACAACCCAUAUAGACCAUUUGAGGGCUUUCUCAUUGAUAUAAAGACUCGCUGUCCCAUGUUGGAGAAUCCAGAGAUUUUGAGGAAAACGGCUGAUGAUUUUCUCAAUAGAGUUUCAUUGACAGAUGCUUACCUUCUAUACACACCUUCUCAAAUUGCCCUGACUGCCAUUUUAUCUAGUGCAUCCAGAGCAGGAAUUAGUAUGGAAAGUUACUUAUCAGAAAGCCUGAUGCUGAAAGAGAACAGAACUUGCUUGUCUCAGUUGCUAGAUAUAAUGAAAAACAUGAGAAACUUGGUUAAAAAGUAUGAGCCUCCCAGAUCUGAAGAAGUUGCUGUUCUGAAACAGAAGUUGGAGAGAUGUCACUCUGCAGACCUUGCACUCAAUGUAAUUACGAAGAAGAGGAAAGGCUAUGAAGACGACGAUUAUGUCUCAAAGAAAUCGAAACAUGAGGAGGUAUGUGCUCCAAAGUCUCAAAAUUUACAGAAGCUGAUUACCUGAGAUGAUAUUAAACAUCCGUGGAUUCAGAAUGGCAGGACAGAUAAGUCGAAGAAAAACAAAACCACUGAGAAUGGGAGGAAAAAUUUUUUUUAAGAAAAACACAUAUCUUAUUAAAGUAAUAAACAGUUUUAAUAUUAAAACCAUGAACUUUGAACUAAUUUAAGGAAGACCAAAUAUAUAGCUUUAAGAUAAGCUAAGGUAACUUUAAGGAUGUAUGUAAUUCCUUCUUAAACAUAUUUAUUUUUCCCCAGCUUGGAAUUUUAAAUUUAUUUUGGGAAGAUUUAAGUUGUAUUGAUAGCAUUUACUUUCUUGGCUACUAUUUAUUUAUUCUAGGCAAGUAGUAAAUUUCAUACUUUGGGGAAGCAGUGUAUUUUGAAUCAGUAAGAAUUUCUGAAAUAGCAUAGGAGUGCCAAUAACCUUUUGUACAGAUACACGGUCCUAUAAGAUCCUAAAACGAUUGUUCUCUCACUUCUCUUUUGUCUUUUAAAUAGAACAGCCCAGGAAAGUCUGUUAUAAAUCCAGUUAGUUUGAACUUUUCAUAUAUCUAUAUAAAACCAGGAAUUUACUGUGUUUGAGAAAAAGGGAUUUCUUGAUAGAUCAAAAUGUAUACAAUAGAAUGCUGAAAAGCUUUUUGGCAAUAAACUCUUUCCGAAGUUUAAAAAAGUUCUCCAAUUACAAAAUAAUAUUAAUAAAAAUAAAAUUCUAUAAAAGCACAUGGUUUAAUAACAGUUGUCGUAUAUAGUUUUACCUAUUCUUCUUACUCUGGGAACAAUGCAGUAUGUAAAACUAUAAGCUUAUAUAACUACUCCUACUCUGUCUCUCAGUUGCUGGUAGAGAGUAUACGUUGUCAUGUAGACCAUUCUCUUUAAUUUCUUCUUAAGAGGAAUACACACAGAAAACUGACCACCUGCUUCUUGUAAAAAGAAGUAUUAUCCCCAAAACUGAUGAUAAAAUGUCUUCUAGAUAUUAAAAUAUUUGCGCUGUCUCUAUUCUUUUUGAUUGACUCAUCAGUCUUCCCAGAUUUAUUUUCCAAUAUACACCAAUUUUUCUAAUUUUGGAAUUCUUAUAAAAUAUGUAACUUCUCAGACAGCAUUUAUUACAAUUAUAUACAUCAUGUCUUAAAUUUUAUUUUUUAAUUUAUGAAGACUUGCAUAAUUUUUGAUAAAAACAUUUGAUACUUAAAUAUGUCUUAAAUAUGAAAUCUAAUCUGGCAACAUUAAACCAUAAAACGAUUUUAGUGUAUAAAUCUUCCUGUGAGACUUAAAAGAUGAUUUUAAAUUUAAGAAAGAGGUAGAUUCACAUAUAUUUAAAAGCAUACUAGAGACAGGAAUCAUCACUGAAGGCACAAAUGCCCCUUAAGACAGCCUAUAAUGUGAAAUAAACCACAAAGCAGAAUUUCUUGCUGUAUGCUUACCAAUUGCACUUGUCUGAAACUUACAGUUUACAGUUUAAAUUUUAUCACACACAUAACUUUGCUGAAACAUCAUAAGCUUUUCUUUUAUAUUCCUUUCAUUUGCUAUAAAGCCAAGAAAUACAGAAUCUAUGAUUCUUAAAUAUUAGGUCAUAUCGUUAACAAGAGAAUUUAUCUGUACAAAAUUUAGAUGGGGUAGUACUAACCCACAUUUUCAAAACUAAGUAUAUGAUACAGGUGUCUUUAGUGGGCAGCAAAUUUUUUUAGGUCUAUAACAUGACUAGAAGUAUAUAGUCCACAUAUAAUUAGACUGCCAUAUUCUCUGGUGCUUUUGUAAUAAACUGCCAGUUUCCUUCAAUGGAGUGGUGUAUGCUUAACAAAAGCCUGUAGGCAGUUUAACCUCUACACAACUGUUUCUUCAUUGGAAAAGUAAGUUAAAGUCAUGGUAAUACAGUCCCCUUGGAUAAGCUACAGAAUUCUAUGACUUGCCAACAUAAUUACUGUUAUACAACAAGCUCACUAAAACAGACAAAAUUAGAGGCCCUGACUGGAGAUCAGCCCAGAGUUAAAGAUUAUGUUACAAAUCAAUUAACAGCUAAACUAUUCAACAAUUACUGAUCUUCCCUUUUAGCACAGACCAAAUCAAUUUCUCUUUCCUCUCCUUCUCCUCUUUCUAUAUUUAUAAAUAUGUAUUUAUAUGUGUACAAAGAUUAUAUGAAGUUAUGUGUAGAUUUGAUUGGUUAUGUAACUUUUAACAACAUUAUAAAAGAUUUAAAAAACCCCAAACAGUUAAUUGACAUAAAUGAAAUAUAAAAGGUAGCUAAGUAUCUCAUGGUAACUUCCAUAAAACAUAGAAAGUUAAAAUUAGAAGCCAUCUGAACUCAGAACAUAUUCAGCAGGACUAUGACAUAAAAGGAAAAGGUUUUGAACUGUAUAUACUGUAUACUGUUAUUCUGCAAAUUUUCAGUCAUACAUUUGAUAUACAUGAGAUAUACAAUGAUGUAAUAAAAGAAUUGGUGAACCUUACCUAACUACUCUUGUUCUCAUGGUGGUGUUUGUUGGCCACUUGUGCUGAACAGAUUUCUGUAAACACCCAUAUAUAUACCUCAGUGUCCUGCCAAAGUAAGACAAUCAUCUCAAUACAGAAAAUAAAGUAUAAAAAAUUAUCUCAUUGCAUCCCAAAGCUUAAUUUACUAAAUACACCACAUUUUAAUGCAAUCGUCCUUUCUCCAAAAUAUUACUUAGCUAAAUAAAAGCAUACACACAUUUAGCAAAGGAUAAAGGAAAACUUUAAUUAGCAAUUCACUUAAUUAUUUACAUCUACUCUGGAAGAUAUCUUACCAUAUAUA